AGAAUUUUAUCGCUCAUAGAACUAGAAAGUAUAUGAGUUUUGUGGUUGAGUAAUAAUAUUUUUUUUUCAAGCAUAUGUACUUACUGUCUUUAUUAUUAUAUGAAACUGAACUUGGCGGGGGGUUUUGUGUGAACUUUUUUUGCUCAAUAGGACCAGAAGGGAAACCAUGUACCAUGGUAGUAAGGACUCUGCAUUGGACAGUUCCCCAUUACUGGGUUUGGGGUUUGCCAUUUUUCCUUUUCUAUUCCACAAGGUCUGCACAGUUCCUCCAUGAAAGGCCCAACCAGAACAUUCUCAGGGUCCUCCUUUGCUCUCUUUUCUCUCCAUUAAUGAGGCAAGCGGUUUCAAAGUUCAUAGAAUCUUAUCUGCUGAGGAAGCUUCCUUUGGAAAAGUAUGGACUAAAACCAGAUCACCCUUUUGUGGAAGACUAUGCAUCUUGCCAGAUGGCUCUUAUGCCUGAAAACUUCUUCCCAGAAGCUGAUAAGGGAAAAAUUGUGUUCAAAAGAGCAUCAAAUUGGUGGUUCUGGGAAAAGGGAAUGGAGUUUGAAGACAAGUCUAAAAUUGAAGCUGAUGUUGUAGUCCUUGCAACUGGCUAUGAUGGAAAGAGAAAGCUUAAAGCUAUCAUGCCAGAGCCUUUUCGCAGCUUAUUGGAGUAUCCAUCUGGUCUUAUGCCACUAUACAGGGGUACGAUUCAUCCAAUGAUCCCAAACAUAGGAUUUGUAGGCUAUGUCGAAAGUGCUGCGAACCUGCAUACAUCUGAACUGCGUUCCAUAUGGCUGUCUCGACUGGUGGACAAGAAGUUUAAGCUCCCAGGAGUGUCGACAAUGCUUGACCGAACACUUAAGGAGGUGGGAGUUAUGAAGAGAACCACCCGGUUCUACAAGAGGAACUGCAUUUCUACUUACAGCAUCAAUCACAGUGAUGAAAUAUGUGAGGAAAUGGGAUGGACAGCUUGGAGGAAAAAGACCUGGUUAUGUGAAGCAUUUAGCCCUUACAGUAGUCAAGACUACUUUAACUAAGAUUGAAGUUACCAUAAAAUGAAGUCAAAAGGAUCUGCAUCAUUUAAUUUAUGCUUUAGCUAAGCUUACUAUGUACUAUGUACUAUGAGUCUAUGAGUAGGAAAAAAAGAAGAGAAAUAAAAAAUUUAGGGAAAGUAAAUGCAUAUAUAGUGUAUCCAACAAAUGAUAAUCUAAAUAAUGACUUUGGUUGACUUGAGCAAGAUAAACAGAUGAAAAUUGACAGAAAUUGGCCACUUGUAAAUUUGUCAACCAAAUUAUAUGCAAUAUGAUCUCAUGGUCGGCAACAGUAGUUAAGAAAGGCAUAUAGGACCACUAAAAGGGAGCAAAACAGAAAACAUACGUUAUAAUCCGAGGUAGCCAGAUGCAGCUCAUUUGGACACAGUUCUGCCGGCUGCCAUAGUAGUUUUGGUGUCCCCCUCAAACUCUACGUGGUUGGCCAAACUAUUGACUAAGGCAUUACCUUACAUGAUUAAAGAAAAAGACACAUAAAUUACAAGGAAAAACUUGUUUGUUUUUUUGUUACUGAUGAAUUUCACUAGAAUCAUCAGCUUGACUACACAUUGAACAGAAAAUGAUUGUCUUUAUUCAAAUAUAAAGGAAGGUUCAAACA